CUGACAAUGGUUGGGCGACCGCUCUGAGCUUUUCCCCGGGCGCGGACAGACGGAUCUGAACAGCUGGCCAAUUCCACUUCCGGACCAGGGCAACAACAGGAAACGUAGCAGCAGCAGCAGCGGCGUGGCAGCAGCAGGAUGGAGCUGGCCGCGCUGCUAGGCGCGCUCGGGCCGCCCGAAGCCCGCGCGCGCAUUUUCGAGCACGCAAAGAGCUUUGCGCGAGCAGCGGCAAAUGCCGGGCCGCAGCCGGACGGCCGCGCCAGCGACGCGCAGCUGCCGAGUGCUUAUGGCGGGAAGGCAUCCAUGGGCUCUCAAUCACGCGGCGACGGCCAACAGGCGCAACGGCUGGUCCGGGCACUGAGCAGGCUCGAGGGCUGCCUGAAGGCGACAGAUGGGCUGCCGCCGCACGUGGCGCUCGUGCGCCUGCGCGCCGCGGCGGCCGCCACUGACGCGGCGGCGGCCGAUGCCGGCGAGGACACAGUAUUCACCGUUGAUGGCGGCGCCAGCGGGCGGGAUGCGUCGCCACUGCCGGCCAUCGUCGCCGCCGCCGGGGCGGGCUUGUUGCUACCCGCCGCCGGCCCGGGUCACCCCACGCCGCGCUCGCCGAGGUAUGCUGCUGCCGCCCCGGCCAUCGACCGUGCGCAGGCAAAUGCCGCGGCGGCCGCCGCGGCGGCGGCCGUGGCGGCGGCGGCGCUUGCAGGACCGCCACCUGUAGCGGGCGCAGCAGACGAGCAGGAGCAAGAGCAGGGGCAGGAGGAGACGCAGCCGCCGGCGCCGGAGGUGGCGCCGGAGCGGCAGCCGCCGCCGCCGCCGCCGCCUCAGCAGGAUGCGUGUACGGCCGUAACCGCUGAUGAGAAGGCCGCUGAUGGCGGCGGCGGCCGCGAUGCUGAUGCGGAUGCUGACGCCGCCACAGGCCAAAGACCUCUGUGUGAAGGGCCGCCUCCCGACUGUGCACCGGUUCCUGACACAGUGCCAGCAGCCGUGGCGGCAAAGGAAGCGGCAGCAGUCGACUCGACGCAGCCACGCUUGGAGCCCGCAGACGCGUGCGAGCCAGGAGCGGCGUCCGCGUCGGGUGCGGCGCCGCCUGCCCCUGCUGCCCACGGCGGCCCUGUCUCUGCCGGCGUUGCGGCGUUGCCGCCUCCAGCGGCCAUGCCGCUGGGCGCACCCACAGACUGCCGCCCGCUGGAUGCAGACGUAGCGGCGGCGGCGGCGGCGGCGGAGGCGGCGGCGGAGGCGGCGGCGGAGGCGGAGGAGGAGCCGCUGCCGUGGCAGCUGCAGAGCCGCGCGCGUGCCGCCGCCGCGGCGGCGGUGCAGGCGGUGCUGCGAUGCCAGCGCCGGCGGCGUGAGGCGGCGGCCUUGAGAGCGGCGGCCGCGGGUGAGACUUUUGGGGCGACGUACGCACUGCCUGUGGCGGCAGCCGCCGCGGCGCAGACUGUGGCGGCGGCGGCCGCUGAGGCGGCGGCGGCGGGUGUGCUGCAGGCGGCGGCGGCGGCGGCUGAGUCCAGUGGGGAUGCAGCGGCGGUACCGCCCGGCAGCGGCGGCAGGGCUGAGGCUGCUACUGCUCUUGCUUCUGCUACAGCUGCAGCUACAGCUGCUGCAGCCGGUUUAGCGGCGGCGGCGGCGUCCAGCAAUGCUGACACUGCUGACGGCGUCGGCGCGGCUGCGGGCGUCGUGGGUCUGGGGGAGGUUACUGUGGAGGCGGCGGAAAACGACCCGUCGGCCACGACAGGUGCUGCGGCCGUUGCCGGCGCCCUGAGCCGGCGCGCGGCCGCGUAUGACUUCCACCGUCGGGCGCUAGCAAGCGCAGGAGCCGGCACCGGCGCUGGAGGCGCCGCCGGCACCGGCACCGGUGCGGGAGGCAGCGCCGACGCCGACGCCGGUGCCUGUGAUGGCUCCCGCCGCCUGCGGUCGCUGCUGGCUGCCAAGACGCUGGCGGCGGGCCGGCUGCUGCACAGCAUGCGGGCGCAGCUGGCGGCGGCAGCGCGCACCGGUGUGGCGCUGCCGGCCUGCAGCCUGCCGCCUGGAUGCGGCGGACCACCGGCCUGGGCGCCGCUGCCGGCCCUGCACCAGCUAGCGCUGGAUGUGGUGGAGCGGCGGAGGGAGGCGGCGGCGGCCGGGCAGGUGUGGCGCGGCGUGGCGGCAGACUGUGUGCGCGCAGCAGCGGCGGCGGCCGCGCAGCGGGCGGCGGCGGCCCGGCCGCAGCACUUUGGCACCAGCGCAGCGAGAGCCCGGGCCAGGGCAGCGGCCGCCGGCCUGCCCACCCCCAGCCCAGAGCAGCUGCAGCUGAGCGCAGGCGUGGCGGACUGGCACGCGGGUGUGGUGGCGGAGCUGCGGCGGCGGCGCGAGGAAGCGGCGCGCAAACGCAUUGAGCUGCUCAAGUCGCGGGACAUGCAGGCCUACCUGGCGCUGGUUCGCACCGAGAAGUCCUCCCGCCUCAGCGCAGUGCUGCAGCAGACCGACGACUGCCUCAAGAGCCUGGCGCAGCGGCUGGGGCUGCAGCAGCGACUGGCGGCGGCUACUGCUGCCUCCGGGGCUACUGCCUCCGGGGCUACUGCCGCGGCUACUGCCGCCACCGCCGCGCCGGCGGCUACAGCCGCGCCAGCGGCGGAGGGCCAGGAGCCGAGGGUUGUAGCUGCAGCUUCUGCAGCUGCAGCUAAAGCGAAUGGUGGCAGUAGCGGCGGUGGUGGUGGUGGUGGUGGUGGUGGUGGUGGUGGUGGUGGUGGCAAAGGAGGGGGCGGGUCAGCAGGUCCGCCGGGUGACUCGGUGUUGGCGAUGAGUGAGGCGUGGCAGCGGCUGGCAGCCAGCCUGACAGCGGACAUCCCGCAGCAGCCGGCGGGGCUGACGGCGCGGCUGCGGGAGUACCAGAUGCACGGCUUGCGCUGGCUGGUGGGCCUGCACGACGCGCGCCUGAACGGCAUCCUGGCGGACGACAUGGGACUGGGCAAGACACUGCAGGUCAUUGCGCUGUGCGUGUACAUGAACGAGGUCCGCGGCAUCCGCGACCCGUUCCUCAUCGCCGCGCCCUCCUCCGUGCUGCCCAACUGGGCCGCCGAGCUGGCGCGAUGGGCGCCCGGGCUGCGUGUGGUGGACUACCGGGGCAGUGCCGACACGCGCGAAGACAUCUGGCGGACGCAGGUCUGUGCUGCGGGUGGCGGCGGUGGCAAGCGCCGCGGCGGCUCCGGCUCCGGCUCGCAGCAGCCCCACCACCAGCCCUUCCAGGUGCUUCUGACCAGCUACGACUUCCUGAUGGGCAAGUACGACCGCCCCCGACUGGCGCGGAUCAAGUACAGCCACAUCAUAGUGGAUGAGGGCCACCGGCUCAAAAACGCCGGCUGCAAACUCAACGCCGAGCUGCAGCACUACCGAGCCGACAGCCGCCUGCUGCUCACAGGCACGCCGCUCCAGAACCGGCUGGAUGAGUUGUGGGCGCUGCUCAACUUCCUGAUGCCGGGCCUGUUCGGCAGCGGCGAGGACUUUGCGGCCUGGUUCAGCGGGCCCCUGGCGGCGCUGGCGGGCGGCGGCGGCGGCGGCGGCGGCGGGUGUGGCAGCCGAGAGGGCGACGUGGCGGCGCUGAGUCAGGAGGAGUACCUGCUGGUCACCAGCCGCCUGCACCAGGUGCUGCGGCCCUUCAUGCUCCGGCGGCUCAAAGAGACGGUGGCGUCGGAGCUGCCGGGCAAGCGCGAGGUGGUGCUGCAGGCGGCGCUGGGGCCCUACCAGGCCGCGCUGAUGCGGCUGGUGCGACACGGCUUCGAGGCCGCGGCUGGAGGCGGAGGCGGAGGCGGAGGAGGAGAUGGGGAAAAGGAUGGUGGAGGCGGCGGCGGCGCCACGGCUGUGAACCGGGCGGUGAACAACACAGUGAUGGAGAUGCGGAACAUCUGCAACCACCCCUUCCUCAGCAAGCUGCAUCCGGACCGGGGUGAGGACCUGCUGCCGCCGGCCGCGCACCGGCACGCGGGUCUGCCGCCGGCCGUGACGCUGUGCGGCAAGAUGGACCUGCUGGACCGACUGCUCACACGCCUGCACGCCACCAGGCACAAGGUGUUGCUGUUCUCCACAAUGACUCGGGCGCUGGACGUCAUUGAGGAGUACCUGGACUGGCGCGGCUUUGAGUUCGCGCGGCUGGACGGCGGCACGGCGGCGGCGGAGCGGGGGCAGCUCAUUGCCGACUUCAACAGCCCUGACUCGCCCACCUUCAUCUUUCUGCUGUCACUCAAGGCCGGCGGCGUGGGACUCAACCUGCAGGCUGCUGACACGGUGAUCAUGUACGACACGGACUGGAACCCGCAGCUGGACCUGCAGGCGCAGGCGCGCGCGCACCGCAUCGGGCAGGCGCGCCAGGUGGUGGUGUUCCGGCUGCUGACGGCGGCGUCCAUUGAGGGCCACAUCGCGGCGGUGGCGGAGGACAAACGCAAACUCACCGACAGCUCCAUCACGGGCGGUUUCUUCGACGGCACGACCAGCGCCGAGCAGCGCCGCCAAUACCUCCUCCGCCUCUUCGCCACCAGCGGCAGCGACAGCGGCGGCCCUGCUACUGCUACUGCUGCUGCUGAUGGCGGAGCAGCCGCCGCUGCUACUGCCAAUGCUGACGGCGGUGCUGCACCCACGGAGGCGGCAGCUGCAGCCGCAGCUACAGCGGCGGCGGCGGCUGGCUGGCUCAGUGACGCCGAGCUGAACAAGCUCAUUGCCCGGAGCCCAGAGGAGCUGGAGGUCCUUGAAGCGGAGGACGAGCGGCGGCGGCAGCGCGCCGCGGCAGCCGCCGCGGAGGCUGUAGCAGCCGCGGCCGCAGCAGGUGGCGGCGCCGCCGCCGCCACCGUGCGCUACAGCCGGCUACUGCCAUCCGAGCUGUGUGCGCCUCUGGUGGAGGCAGCGGUGGAGGCGGGGACACCCAAGGACCCGGAUGCGGGCAAGGUUUUUGGGCGCGGCAUGCGCCGAGUGAACUCCGAGAGCGCGGCGGCGGGGAUGGCGGCGGCGGCGCCGGCUAGUGCCGCGGCGGCUGCAGCCAAGGGGCGCCGGCGGGAGGAGGCGGGCCCGGCGGCGCCGAGGAAGCAGCGGGGGGCGACGCCGGAGCCGCUGCCGCCAGCGCCCGUCGUCAUUGAGAACCUCAAAGGCAUGGAGAUAGAGGUGUCGGAGGGGCGUGAGAAGCAAAGGCGCUGCGGCACAGUGGUCGACUUCGAUCCGGGCCGCUCCAAGUACCGCUGGCUUCUGCGCUACAGCAGCGGCAGUAGCGGCGGUAGCAGCGGCGGUGACGGCGGCAGUAGCAGCGGUGACGGCGGCAGUGGCCGCGGCGAGUGGGGCUGCCUGUCGGAGGACCGGAGCACAUGGCUGGCGCACGGCUACAAGCGGCCGGUGUUGUCGCUACGCGGCGGCGCGGGCGGCAACCUCCAGAUCGCGCCGGAUGGGAGCGUGCAGCACCUACCAGCUACUGCUGCUGCUACUGCUGCUACUGCUGGUGGUGCUGGCGGUGCUGGUGGUGCUGCUACUGCUGCGACUGCGCCUGGCAACAGCAGCGGGGGGCGUCCGCCGCUGCCGCGGCCUACAGGGGAACGGCUACUGCCGGCGGCGACGCCGGCGGCACCCGCACCCAGGCGUGCGCCGCGCGCUGCCUCCGCCCCGCCGGUGCUCAGUCCGGUGAGGCCCGCCGCACGUCUGGCCGCUAACGAGGCGGCGGCGCCGCCGCCGGCAGCGGCAUCAGAUGCGGGCAAUGCUGUGGCUACUGCGGCUGUAGUUGCGGCGGCAGAAGCGAUUGGUGGGGGCAAGGUGCCUAGCAGUAGCCCUGCUGCCACGGCAGCCGCAAAUGCACCUGAGGCCGCAGGCGCAGCCGCUGAAGGCGGGGCGGCUGUAGCAGAUGCAACUGGUGCUGCUGCGCCGGGACGGUCGCCGUCUGCUACUGACGGGCGCGGCGUCCCAGACGCGUUGCCACCGGCUGCGGAGGAGGAGGAGGAGGAAGAGCAGGAGCGGCUGCCAGUAUUGGUGGAUUCUGCCGCGGGUGAGGACGCACCGCGAGAGCCUCCAGCCAAACGCCGGCGGUGCUCGGGGACCCUGCCCGUGUUGGAGCGCGGACAGCAGCAGCAGGGGGCGGCCACCCAACCCACCACUGUCAGCGAGAAGGCACGCGCGGCUGCAGCGGCGGCAGCUGUGCCGGCGGAGGCGGGUGCGAUGGCGGCAUCGUGCGCCGCAGCUGCUGCUCCACCGGCGGCUUCACCGAAGGCUGCGGCAGCGGAGGCGGCAGUAGCGGAGGACGCGGCCGCAAAGCCUGCUGCUGCGGUGGAGGCGGAGGCGCCCGCCGGGGCACUGGACCCACACCAAGGGCUGCUGGGCGCUGUGAUUGAGGUGAGCAUCGGGCGCCAGGCCCAGCGCCGCCUCGGCACCGUGGCUGAUUUCAACGGCAGCCGCUCGCGUUACAAGUGGUACCUUCGCCUGGGUGGCGGCGGCAGUAGCGGCGGUAGCACCGGCGGCGGCGGCGCUGGCGAGUGGGGCUGCCUGUCAGAGGACCGGAGCAACUGGCUCACGCACGGCUAUAAGCGGCCGGUGCUGGCGCUCCUUGAGGCUGCUGAGGCGGCGGCGGCGGCGCCUCUAGAGGCAGCCGCGGCGGCGGCAGCUGCCGCCGGGCGCGGAAGCGCUGACGAUGACGAGGAGGAACAGGAGGAGCAAGAGGGGCAGGAGGAGCAGGAGGAGCAGGAGCAGGACGGCGGGUCUGGCAGGCUGCGGGCCUCUCGCGCCCUGCACCGCCGCCAUGCCAGUCUCGGCGGCGGCCGGUCGUCCUACAGCGGCGGCGGCAGCCCUGUGCGCUCACAGCAGCCGGGCGUGGGAAGCCAGGAGGCCGCGGCGGCGGAAGCUGAGUUGGACGGCACAGAGGGUGCGGGGAGAGCGCAGAAGGCUGCUGGUGAGGGAGACAGUGGGGCGGCGCAGGGGGAGGCGGCCGCCGCGCCUGCCGCGGCCUAUAGGGACGUGAACCGGCGCAGGAACGUGUUCAGGGCGUGGACGGUGUUCCAAGGCAAGCACUACCUCAGCCCCUACUACCCCGACGCUCGUUCCGCCGCCGCCGCCGCCGACUACUACAACUACAAGCUGCGCGGCGCGGCGGCGCACCUGAACCUGGGUCUGACGCCGGAGCAGCGGCUUGUGCUGGACACGUUGUCGCUGGAGCAGCUGCAGGCGUACAUCAAGGGCCGCGGCGACGUGUGGGACCUGGGCAAGGCGCUGGAGCCGGCCGUCCCGGGGGCGGCUGCGGGACCGCAGCAGUCGCAGCAGCCGCAGCAACCACAGCAGCCGCAGCCGGGGGAGGCAGGUGCAAUGACAGGCGCACCCAUAGGCGCCGGUGCUCCUCCUGGGCAGCGGUCAGGGCUAGGGGCCGGCGGCGCUGGUGUGGAGGAGCGUACGGAGGCAGUGGCGCGCGCAGGGAGUGCGAUCACAGCCGGUGGGCCCGACACGCAGCCGCCGGCCGCGACAGCACAGGCCGUCGCGGGUCAAACACAGGAUGCGCAACCGUCGCAACCGCCUUCGCAACAACCGCAGCGGGUGCUGACGGGCGGUGGAUGGGGUGGUGCAGCCGCUCAAAGCGUUAGCGCGCCCGCGGGCGGCGGCAGCGGACCACACCGUUACGUGGAGAGGUCUCGCCGCGGCCACUCCUGGCGCGCCCACCUGAUGAACAAGACAACACACAUCACCAGCCCCUACUACCCUGACGCUCGCUCCGCCGCCGCCGCCGCCGACUACUACAACUACAAGCUGCGCGGCGCGGCGGCGCACCUGAACCUGGGUCUGACGCCGGAGCAGCGGCUUGUGCUGGACACGUUGUCGCUGGAGCAGCUGCAGGCGCACAUCAAGGGCCGCGGCGACGUGUGGGACCUGGGCAAGGCGCUGGAGCCGGCAGCCCCGGUGACGGUGACGGCAUCUGAGGAGGGCCCGGACAGCACAGCAGCAUCGGGGCCGGACGGCACAGCAGCAGGCGGAGAGGAGGAGGCAGUCAGGGCGGAGGCACCAGGGACAUUGCGAUGUGAUGCCGAGGUCCUGGCGGUGGCUGAGGCCCGCGCGGACACAGGCACAGGCACAAAGCCGCAGCCUGAGGUGGAUGCGGCGGAGGCUGGAGCCGUUCCACAGCAUGCGGCGGGGGCGGAGGUGCGACUUGCAGACGGACCUGCUGCCGGACUGCCUCAGCAGCGGGACCCGGGGGCCGUGGUGCCGCCGCCUCAGCAACAGCAGCCGCAGCCGCUGCAGCAGCCGCCUCAGCCGCAGCAGCGGCGGCGGGAGGCUCAGAGCGACACGGAGGGGAUGAAGCUGAUGGGCGCCCAGAUCAAGGUGGCGCUGUGGGGCAAGGAGGAGGUGUGGCAGCUCGGCACCGUGACCCAGUACGACGCCGACCGCCUCGCUGCCAAGUGGUUCCUGUCCUACGCCGCGGGCCGGGGGCCCGAGGGCGCCGCCGGCAACUCCGCUUUCGGUGGUGAGGGCGAGUGGGGCUGGCUCAGUGAUGACAGGAAGGUGUGGCACACGGUCAACAAGCACAAGCGGCCGGUGCUGGCGGUCCUGAGACUGCCGACGCCAGCGGAGAUGGCGGCGGCGGCCGCGGCCGCUGCAGCCGCCGAGGGAGCGACCUCGGACCCUGCGGUCACGCUAAUUGGGGCGAGGCUCAAGGUAGCGCUGUGGGGCAAGGACGAGGUGUGGCGGCUCGGCUCCAUCACCCAAUACGACCCCUCGCGCCGUGUCGCCAAGUGGUUCCUGUCUUACAAUGAGGGGCCGGCGGUGGAGGGCGCCGCCGGCGCCUCGGCCUUCGGCGGCAACGGCGAGUGGGGCUACAUGGUUGAGGGCCGGCGGCUGUGGUUCAGCAUAAAGCAGCACAAGCGGCCCAUCCUAGCCUACACGCCGCCGCCGCCGCCGCCGGCACCACCGUCGCCGCUGGAAUGUCAGCCGUCCAAGCCGCAGCCACAGGGCGCCGCCGCGGCACCAGAGGAGGCGGUGCCGCCGGCAGGGCCAGUAGCGGAGGCGGAGGCGGAGGCGGCUGCAACAGGGUCUGCCGCCGCCAGUCAGGGCCCGGGCAAGGCCCUGGCUAUCGGCAAGGUGGCGCCGCCAGCCGAGCCGCCGGCCGCGCUGCUGGCCGCGCCGCUGGAGGGCGCGCCCCAACGCCGGCGUGCGGCGUUUGCGCCAGCCACUGCACUCGGCGGCGAUGAGGAGCUGGCGGCGGGGCGGGAGGGGAAACCGCCAGCAGCUGGGCAAGCGCUAGCACCUGCACCUGCAUCCAAUCCUGGAAUUGCAUCCGAUCCUGAGCCUGCGCCAGCACCGGCACCUGCACCUGCACCUGCAACUGCAUCCGAGCCUGAGCCUGCGCGGCGGCCACGGCGCGCCCCGCAGCAGCCGCGGCCGCAGACCAGCGCUCCUGCACCGCUGCGGCCGGCGGACCCGUCAGAGGCCGAGGUAGCGCUGUUCCUGUCACAGCUGCGGCGCAGCAGGUCUGAGCAAGACGGGGCGGCGGUGUCGGGUGCGGCGGCGGCGGCGGCGGCCCUCUGCGAGGCCGGGAGCCGUGCUCAAGAGCAGCUGGGGGCGGGAGCAGGAGCAAUGGCGGCGGCUGGCAAUGGGCUGGCGGCGCAGCCGGGAGCGCAGAAGCGGGGGCGGGAGCGGGAUGCGGGCCCCGCACAAGGCGCGGCGCCGCCGGGGCUGCUGCCUGCUUUGCUGCGGCUGCCGCCGCGCCCGCCAGCGGCACUGCCAUUGGUGCUGAGGUCGGGCGGUGACAGAGCUGCUUCAGGCACAGGCUUGGUGGACGCCGCAACCGCAGAGGCGGAGGUGGAGGCGCAGGAGGGUGGGGGGGAAGGCGGCACGGGCCGGAAGCGGACCCGGCGUGGACCCCACGCGUCCGCAGGUGUCGCAGCGGGAGAGUCGGUGGCCGAGCAGGCUGCGGACUCCCCGCCGGCCGCCGUGGCUCUCGUGGCCGAGGCGCUGCAGCAGCAGCAGCAGCAGCAGCAGCAGCAGCAGCAGCAGCAGCAGCAGCAGCAGCAGCAGCAGCAGCAGGUGGCGCAGUUGGAGCUGGCAGCGGCAGCACCGGCAGCAACGGCGGCGGUAGCCGGUGCAGGGGGGCCGCUGGCGGGCGGGGCGGCUGGCGUCGAGGGCGGGGCACUGCCGGCAAGUGGCGGCGGCUCUGGCUUCAAGUACAUCACCGCGGGUCGGGCGGGUAGUGGCACUUACAAGGCACAGAUCACGCUCAAAGGCACAGUGUUUUACAGUCCUUUCUACCCUGACGCUCGCUCCGCCGCCGCCGCCGCCGACUACUACAACUACAAGCUGCGCGGCGCGGCGGCGCACCUGAACCUGGGUCUGACACCGGAGCAGCGGCUUGUGCUGGACACGUUGUCGCUGGAGCAGCUGCAGGCGUACAUCAAGGGCCGCGGCGACGUGUGGGACCUGGGCAAGGCGCUGGAGCCAGCCGUCAUGGUGACGGCAACGGCAGCGGCUGAGAAGGUGGCGCACAGCGCAACAGUAGAGGGAGGGGCAGGAGAGGCAGCUGGAGCCGGGACGGACGCGCCAGGGGCGGAUUUGACGGCGGAGAUGGCAGCAGGAGCGAAAGCCGCAGGGGAGGAGGAGGCGGCGGAGACAGAUGAGGACGGGGACGGGGACGGAGAUGACGAGGCAGCCGGUAGGAGCCUGGUCGGCUUGUCGGGCAUGGUGUCUUGGGGCCGUGAGGGGACCUUCCGCGGCACCAUCGUCUGCUUUGAGCCCUCCCGCGCGAGGCUGCGUUGGCUGAUGCGCUACGAGGACGGGGACCAAGAGUGGGGCGCCUUCACACCCGGCCGCAGCGCCUGGCGCAUCCACGGUGGCCAGCGGCCCGUGACCGGCUUUGCCAGCAGCGGCGCGGCAGCCGGAGGCGGCGCCGAAGCAGAAGCAGCAGGAGCUGGUCUAGGCAUUGCAGACAGAAAGCGGGUUGCCGCGAGCGGCGGCAGCAGCGCUCAGCCAGCAGGGCGGGGCGGGCGCAAGCGGGUGCGGGGCGAAGACACUGCCACGAGCACCGCUGCGGAGCAGCAGAUGCGAGAUCAGCAGCAGCAGCAGUCGGCUCAGCGGCGACGGCGGCUGGACGGCGGCUCAGCGGCAGCCUCUCCGUGCUCGAGUGCGGGGGCGCCUGGGCUUGCCGGUGUGUCAGCCGCAGCCGCAGCCGCAGCAGGCGGUGCGGCGGUGGCGCUCGCGGACCGAGGGAAGGGCCCCACGGCCGUGGCCGCCAGCGGCCCUGCUGUGGCCCCGGCCUCAGGCAGUGGCGGGGUGCCGCCGGUAGAGGAGGCAGAAGCGGCGGGACCCGACGCGGCGCCGUCUGCUCUGGCUGCUGCAGGCGGCGGCGGCGGUGGCGGCAAGGCGUAUCGGUACAUUGAGACGCGCAACGGCAACACCUGGCGCGCUCACGUGAUGAACAAGACCGCCCACCUGCAGAGCCCCUACUACCCUGACGCUCGCUCCGCCGCCGCCGCCGCCGAUUAUUACAACUACAAGCUGCGCGGCGCGGCGGCGCACCUGAACCUGUGUCUGACGCCGGAGCAGCGGCUUGUGCUGGACACGUUGUCGCUGGAGCAGCUGCAGGCGUAUAUCAAGGGCCGCGGCGACGUUCACGACCUCGCAAAGGCGCUGACAGGGCCGGUGGUGGCGACGGCUGAGGACGGAGCUUAGGCGCAUGUGGCAGCAUGUGGAGUGGUGAACCAAGUUGUAACACGACCCACCG